UUUUUUUAAUCUCUCUCUAGGAAGUUUUGACUGUCGAUGCCCAAAAUUCUGGAAUUUACCAUUUCAUUUCUUGUCCGGCGAGCAACUUGGCUCGAAUGCUAUGGCGCCUCACGGAUGAUAUAUCCUUGGGAGCCAAAACGGAAACGACGUGCUCUGAAGGAGAAGCUGUUCACAAAGCUCUCGAACUCCCAAUUCUCUUAUCACUCAUAACCCUAACCGCACUUCGAUAUCUACAUAGCUGCGCCAAUGGAGAAGGAGAUAAGAUUGCUCUCUCAAGUUGCUGCGAACCAUCUUUUUCUCGGGCAGUUCGAAGCCCUUAGAGCCAACCUGCUCAGCCUCAAGAAGCGAAAGCCGGUGCUGGCUUUGGAGAUCCUCCGAAAGAUCAUAUCAGAAGGAGGAAGAAUCGAUGGCAUCCUGUGGUCGAGUACAGCUAUGUCUUCCUCGGAUCUUGCGUGGCUCUGCAUCCUCGAGCUCCCCAACUUCGACAGAACAACCUCAGUCUGGAGCUUCGAUGCGGAGCUUCUACGUUUGAAGGCGGAGUUCAUUCUCCUCAUAGAAAUAAUCUCUUCCACAGCGUUGGGAAGCUCACACCGUUGGCCCUCCGACGCAGAAGAUGGAUUUAUAGGGCAUAUUUCUGAAAGGGACAGAGAAUCGUUAGAUAUUAUGAAAAAAUGGAUGCAUUUGGGUCUGAGAAGAUUGAAGAGUGAGGCUGACUAUGGCUCUCUGUCAUCCGAUGAAGUUGCUCAGACCAGACAGGUUGAUUUGAACUGCUUGUGGAAGAUAUUUCUCGACAAUGCUGAUAUUUUUAGCUCUCUUUGCUGGAACAUUCAGAGACAACUUCACUGGUUUGAAGCUUAUGAGCCACAAUUGGCAAUUAGUGUGAGAACUGAAGAUGAUCAGUGUUUAACUUCAUCCCAACAGGAGGUGGAUACUCUUUCUGGGAUACAAAAAGAAGUUCAGAUGGCACAUUUGGCUGCCUUAAGGGAAGAUGCUAAAACAGGCGACAUACUUGAAACUUUCUACCAUAUUCGGUUUCUUCAUCUGGAUUAUGGUAUACCAGAGACUGAGUACAAAUCAAAUUUGCAAGAUGUCAUCAGGAAGGUUUGGUCGCUAAAUUUAAAUUAUGGUGAAGAUUGGAAGAAGUCACGCGAUAAAAUGGCAUUGCUUUAUGUCGAAGCUUUAUCAUCAAAUUGCAUCGAACUUGUGAAUUUAAUUCAGUUAAUUCAAGACGAGUUGUUUCUGGAAGAAAUUGAGAAGCACAGGGUAUCAAAUAGUAGCUUGAUGCCUCUUCCCCUCCAGAAGUAUCUGGAAACACUUAAGGCAUUAAGUUCUUCUGGAAGUGAUAUCAAGGCUGAUCAAAACAUAGCUAUCAGAUCUUGCAAGACAGACCUGUACCAUUAUGCCAGGCUAUCUGGAGUUCAUAUACUUGAAUGUGUUAUGGAUUCUGCUCUGUCUGCUGUAAAGAGAGGACAGCUUCAAGUGGCUAGUGAUGUCCUUUCAUUGUUCCCCCUUCUUCAGCCUCUUGUGGCUGUAUUAGGUUGGGACUUGUUGUCUGGCAGGACUGCUGCUAGAAGAAAACUAAUGCAGCUUUUAUGGACUAGUAAAUCACAGGUUCUAAGGAUGGAAGAAUAUCCUUUGUACGGAAAAAAGGAUGAGAUCUCUUGUGUGGAGUAUCAGUGCGAUCUUUUAUGCUUUCAUCUGGAUGUUGCGUCAUUUGUUGCCUGCAUAAAUUCUGGACGGCCUUGGAACUCAAAGGCCUCAUUACUGUUCUCUCAUACGGAGCAGGUUUUAGAUGCAAAAGAAUAUGAGGAUUCGGACAGUUUUGUUGAGAACUUCAUACUUGAACGGCUUUCGGUAGAAACUCCUAUGAGGGUUCUGUUUGAUGUAGUUCCUGAAAUAAAGUUUCAAGAUGCAAUUGAGCUCCUUAGCUUGCAGCCAAUUGCUUCUACAGCUGAAGCAUGGAAGAGGAUGCAAGAUAUUGAGCUUAUGCAGAUGCGCUAUGCUCUCGAAUCAGUUCUUCUUGCUUUAGGAGCCAUGGAGGACUGUCUGGAUAUUGGAAAGGAGGGCCAGUUUCAUUUAGGGAUAUGGUUAUUGAAAGAUGCCCAGAAUCACAUAGAGGCUAUUAAUAACAUUCCUCGCAAGAUUUAUGUUAUUAGCAUUGUUAGUUCAUUACUGCAUAUGGAUGACAUAUCUGUUAAGCCUACACAUGUUGCGUCAAGCCAUCCCAACUACCGUGAACUACCUGAUUUCAUUAAUGCAUAUGAGGGUGGGAAUAAGAUGAUUGCCUUUAUCAGGCUCUUACUAGAUAUACUGCGUCACAAUCUACCAAACAUAGAUGAAGUACAACCCUGGUUAAACAGUGGCAUGCCAGUAACUGGAAGGCAGGCUUUAGAAUGGAGGGUCAGUUCUGUUCAAAAAUUUAUUGAAGAUUGGGAAUGGCGCUUAUCAAUUUUGCAAAGACUUGAACCUUUAUCAAAAUGCAAAUGGAGUUGGAAGGAAGUAUUGGUCAUUUUGCGCGCUGCUCCUUCCAAACUGCUAAAUCUUUGCAUGCAAAGGGCUAAAUAUGAUCUUGGGGAAGAAGCUGUGCAUCGCUUCUCCUUACCUGCAGAGGAUAAAGCAGCUCUGGAUCUUGCUGAAUGGGUGGCUGGUGCUUUUAAGAGAGAGUCGAUGGAGGAUAUAGUAGCUCGUGUUGCUGAGAAUACUUCUAGUACCAUGCAGGAUUUAAAUUUUUCAUCCCUUCGUGCCCAGUUAGGCCCUUUAGCUGCUAUUCUCCUUUGUAUGGAUGUGGCGGUAGUUUCUGCUAAAUCUGUUGAUAUGUGCAAAGUGCUUUUGGGCCAGGCUAGGGACAUGUUAGCUGAGAUAUAUCCGGGAAACUCUCCAAAGACUGGUUUCUCUUAUUGGGAUCAAAUUCAGGAGGUUGCCAUUAUAUCUGUAACUAGGCAUGUGCUUCAACGACUACAUGGUCUAGUGGAACAGGAUAGUGCUUGUGCUCUCGCGGAAAUUUUUAUUGGGGAAACUGCUAUUUCUUGUUCAUCUGAAGGCAGCCGGCUAUGGCAGAGACAACGGGCGCUUUUGAUCUUACAUCAGAUGAUUGAUGAUGCUCAUACAGGAAAGCGACAAUUUUUGAGUGGAAAGCUUCAUAAUCUGGCAAGAGCUGUUGUGGAUGAAGAUUCAGAUGGGAAUUUCUUGAGAGCGGAGGGCUUGUAUCCGGAGAGAAAACUGCCAAAUUCUGAUAAGGGUGCUGUUCUUGGGCUUGGCCUUAAAGUUUUCAAGUUUGGAGCUUCUAGCACACCAACAGCUGAGAAUAAUCGUGAUCUCACUAGUUAUGAUGUAAAAGAUUCUGGGAAAAGGCUUUAUGGUCCCUUAUCUUCAAAGCCAUCCACUUACCUUUCAUCAUUUAUAAUCUAUAUUGCAACAAUCGGUGACAUAGUUGAUGGAAUUGACACAACUCAUGAUUUUAACUUUUUCUCUCUUAUCUAUGAGUGGCCAAAAGAUCUUCUUAUUCGGCUUGUCUUUGAGCGUGGAAGUACUGAUGCAGCUGGAAAAGUAGCUGAUAUCAUGGGUGUUGAUUUUGUACAUGAAGUUAUAGCUGCUUGCGUGCCACCAGUGUUUCCUCCUAGAUCUGGUCAUGGCUUUGCUUGUGUUCCAGUUUUACCUAGCCUUUCUAGAACGAAUUUGGGGAAAAAAGCUCUCUUGGCUAGACCUAGUUUGCAUGGUUCAUUUCUCGAAACACAAUGCCAUCCUCUUUAUCCACUACAGUUAAAUGUUGUUAAGCACCUUGCUAACCUUUCUCCAGUAAGGGCUGUUUUAGCAUGUGUGUUUGGGUGUAACAUACUAUCUACUGGAAGUGACUCAUGUAUUUCUAGUUCUUUGAAUGAUACUUUUGUGCAAGCCCCAGAUACUGAAAGGUUAUUCUAUGAGUUAGCUCUUGAUCAGUCUGAGAGGUUUCCGACAUUGAACCGAUGGAUUCAAAUGCAGUCAAAUCUUCAUAGGGUAUCUGAGUCAGCAGCAAUAGCUAGAAGAAGUGAUGCUGAAGUUUCUAUUGCUAAGUCUGUGGUUAAAGUUUCUGGGAAGCGAACUCGUGACCCUGGAAGUGAUACAGAAUCUGAAAUUGAUGACAUGACUUGUCAUCUUUCCACUUCGGAUCUUAAUAUUCAAGAUCCCUUGGCUUCUGAAUUGCAACCAAAUUCCCCAGCAACUGUUGAUGUUGAACUGACAUCUGCUAGUUUUCUUUCAUUUGAUUGGGAGAAUGAAGCACCAUAUGCGAAAGCUGUGGAGAGGUUAAUAAAUGAAGGAAAAUUAAUGGAUGCCUUAGCUUUAUCUGAUCGGUGUUUACGUAAUGGAGCAUCUGACCAAUUGCUUCAGUUACUCAUUGAUCGAGACGAGAAAAAUCCUACGACGAGACAACCACAAGGUUAUGCACCACACAAUUUUGCAAGCAGCACCUGGCAGUACUGCAUUAGACUUAAAGAUAAAAAGUUAGCUGCUAGGCUUGCACUCAAGUAUCUGCAUAGGUGGGAGCUGAAUGCUGCAAUUGAUGUUCUAACCAUGUGCAGUUGCCAUCUUUCUCAAAAUGACCCAAUUAGGGAUGAGGUUUUACAAAAGAAGCAAGCUCUGCAAAGAUAUAAUCACAUUUUAUGUGCUGAUGACCAUUAUAGUAAUUGGCAAGAGGUUGAAGCGGAUUGCAAGGAAGAUCCUGAAGGUUUGGCUCUAAGGUUAGCUGGUAAAGGGGCCGUUUCUGCUGCCCUUGAAGUUGCUGAAAGCGCAUCUUUAUCAAUACAUCUGCGGAGAGAGCUGCAGGGUCGGCAACUUGUUAAGUUGCUCACUGCAGAUCCCCUUAGUGGCGGGGGACCUGCGGAAGCUUCAAGAUUUCUUUCUUCAUUAAGGGAUUCUGAUGAUGCCUUGCCAGCUGCUGUUGGAGCUAUGCAGCUAUUGCCGGAUUUACAAUCAAAGCAACUACUUGUGCAUUUUUUUCUGAAGCGGCAAGUUGGUAACUUGUCUGAAGUUGAGGUUUCACGUCUCAACGCAUGGGCCCUUGGCCUUCGAGUGCUGGCUUUACUACCAUUACCCUCCCAACAACGGUGCUCUGCACUGCAUGAACAUCCUCAUUUGAUUCUUGAGGUUCUUUUGAUGAUGAAGCAGCUGCAGUCUGCUUUGUUGAUACUAAAGGAGUUUCCUUCCUUGAGGGAUGACAAACUUAUUCUUACAUAUGCUUCCAAGGCCAUUUCCAUCAAUGUUAAUUCCACUGCUAGAGAGCCCCGAAUAUCUAUUUUGAGACCGAAACCUAAACCGAAACCUACCGUGCCAUCUAAGUCAAAUUUCACACAAAGUAUCGGAAAUUUGCAGAAAGAGGCUCGCAGAGCAUUCUCCUGGGCUCCUCGUGAUGUAAGUAAGAAUACUCAAAAGGAUUUGUAUCGGAAAAGAAAGAGUCCAGGAUUAUCGCCACCUGAGAAGGUUUCUUCAGAAGCAAUGUCUGGCAUACAUGAAGAACGCACAUACUCAGCUAAUGGUCAAGAAAGACUUCCAUUUGUGUCUGUAGCUGAGGAAUGGGUACUCACCGGUGACCCAAUCAAAGAUGCUGUGGUUCGCUCUUCUCAUAAAUAUGAAACAUCUCCCGAUAUUACACUUUUUAAGGCAUUACUUACAUUAUGUUCUAGUGAAUUAGUAUCUGCCAAAGGUGCCUUCGAAUUGUGUGUUUCUCAGAUGAAGAUUGUACUGAGCUCCCAGCAUUUACCUCUGAAUGUAUCUAUGGAAACUAUAGGUCGCGUAUAUCAUGCAACAGAAACUUAUGUGCAGGCAUUGGCUUAUGCAAAAAGUCAGCUCAGAAAACUUGCCGGCAACUAUGAUUUAUCAAGUAGUUCUGAUAGAAGUAGGAAUGCCAAUUUGAAUGCCGAUGAUGCUUCUUCAGACACCACCAGUUCAAGCAAUGUUAGUCAGUUCCCUGAUGAAGUAUCCAUGCUUCUGUCUGAUGUUGAAAUUUGGCUAGGACGAGCAGAACUUCUUCAGAGUCUUUUAGGAUCAGGAAUUGUUGCUUCUCUUGAUGAUAUCGCUGAUAAGGAAUCUUCAGAUCAUCUACGGGAUAGGCUAAUUCAAGAGGAAAGAUACAGCAUGGCUGUGUAUACAUGUAAAAAAUGCAAGAUUGAUGGUUUUCCUGUCUGGAAUGCAUGGGGGCGUGCCUUGAUUCAAAUGGAACACUAUACUCAAGCUCGUAUAAAAUUUAAGCAAGCUCUUCAAUUGUAUAAAGGUGACCCCUCAUCUGUAGUCCUAGAAAUUAUCAAUAUGGUUGAAGGAGGCCCACCAGUUGAAGUUUCAUCAGUACGUUCCAUGUAUGACCAUUUGGAGAAAAGUGCGCCUACUAUUUUGGAUGAUUCUUUAUCUGCAGAUGCUUACCUCAAUGUUUUGUAUAUACCAUCCACUUUUCCACGUUCUGAGAGAUCCAGAUCUCACCAGUAUGCUUUAACCAGUCACUUUUCCUCUGGUUCACGUUUUGAAGGUCCUCAUAGUCACCUUGAUAAUGUUAGAUAUGGAGAAUGCAUUUACUAUUUGCAAGAAUAUGCACGUCCACAAAUGCUUGGUUUCAUGUUCAGGCAUGGCCGUUAUGCAGAUGCAUGCUCAUUGUUUUUUCCACUUAAUGGGAUACCCAAUCCCCCUCAUUCAUCACCGCAUGGUACCAACACCCCAUCAUCUUCUCCUCAACGCCAGGAUCCAUUAGCAACUGACUAUGGCACAAUUGAUGACUUAUGUGACUUGUGCAUUGGUUAUGGUGCCAUGUCUGAAUUGGAGGGCAUAAUUUCAAUGAGAAGCUCAUCAUCUCUAUCCCAAGAAGGAAAAGUGAGCCAAUACAUAGUUUCUGCUCUAGCCAGAAUUUGCAACUACUGUGAGACACAUAGGAAUUUCAACUAUCUUUAUGAGUUUCAGGUACUUAGACGGGACCACAUUGCAGCUGGUCUUUGUUGCAUUCAGCUAUUCAUGAAUUCUUCUUCUCAGGAGGAAGCAGUGAAGCAUUUGGAACACGCAAAAGUUCACUUUGAAGAAGGAUUAUCAGCACGCCAUAGCACCGGCGAAAUCACAAAAAUUUUGCCAAAGUUUACUCGUGGAAAAAGUGUCUCUAAUAAACUCUCUGAAGAGGAGCUCAUCAAGCUUUCUGCUCGUGUUGGCAUUCAGGUGGAAGUAGUGAAGUCCCUUAAUGAUAAUGAAGGACCACAAUGGAGAUAUUCACUUUUUGGAAAUCCCAGCGAUCCGGAAACUUUUAGGAGAAGAUGUGUGGUUGCAGAGACCCUUGCGGAAAAGCAUUUUGAUUUGGCUUUUAAAGUGAUAUAUCAAUUCAACCUUCCUGCGGUUGAUAUCUAUGCCAGUGUAGCUGCAUCCCUUGCUGAGAGGAAAAGGGGUGGUCAGUUAACUGAGUUUUUAAGGAAUAUUAAAGGCACGAUAGAUGAAGAUGACUGGGACCAGGUGUUAGGUGCUGCUAUCAAUGUUUAUGCCAACAGGCAUAAAGAGCGACCUGAUCGUCUCAUCGACAUGUUAAUUAGCAGCCACAGGAAAGUGCUUGCUUGUGUAAUUUGUGGUCGCCUGAAAAGUGCCUUUCAAAUAGCCUCCCGAAGUGGCAGUGUAGCUGAUGUACAGUAUGUAGCUCAUCAGGCCUCAUAUGCGAAUGCAUUGCCUGUCCUUGAUAUGUGCAAGCAGUGGUUGAGUCAGUACAUGUAAAUUUUUGUAGGCAUAGUUGUCAAAUUUAUUGAUGAAAUUAAGGAGAUGUUGAGGGUGAUUUUUGCCCUCCAAUAUCAAAAAAUAAUGUCAUGUAAUAAUGUAUAAUAUCUCUAUUAUAUUUUCAAACUUCAUAUAUGUAUAUGUUUUGAUGCAUCUACUUUUGUAGAUUACUUGGAAGAAGUUUUCACAGGAUCAAUCCUGUCAAACCGACUACUCUCAGCCAGGGUUUAAAAAAGAGGGCUU